UUCCGUAACCCUGCUCGCACAGUCGCACUCGCACACCAACGCUCGAAGCAAAGCCUCGCCGCCGCCGCCAGGCCCGCCACAGCCACAGCUACCGCAGCCAUGAGAGGCGACAACCGCCGCCGGACGGGAGCCUCCAUCGCCUCGACGUCUAGCAAGCGCGACCUUCAAGAAGAGUCCGCCAGCGCCUCCGACGAAUCGGGCGACGACGAGGAGGUCCCCACGUCGUCGGCGUCGGAGUCGGAGUCCGAGAGCGACAGCGAGGAUGCGGAGCGGGAGCUGGAGCGCGCGCUCGCGGACGUGCCCUUCGGAGAGCUGCAGCGCGCGAGGGCCGACGGGUCGCUGGCGCGGGCCACCUCUGCGGCCAAAGCAGCCGCGGAGAAGAAGGCUCGCAGGGCUAGCAAGAAGAGGCCCAUGGAGAUAAGCACGAAAGUGCGGCCACCGAAAUUGAGGGAGGUGAUACAGGUUCCCAAGAAGGUUGGAAGAGAUCCAAGAUUUGAGCCUAUGUAUGGAUCUGUUGACAAAGAAAGGUUCAGGAAAAGAUACAAUUUCUUAUUUGAUGAAGAUUUUCCUUCUGAAAAAGAUAGACUUCAAAAAAUGAUUAAGAAAUCUAAGGACCCAAAUGCCAUUGAAGAAAUGAAGAGUCGUGUCACGUGGAUUGAUAAGCAGUUGAAGUCUCAUCCUCAAAAGAAUAUUGAAUCAGAAAUCUUGCGUGAGCAUAUCAAGAAAGAGAGGGAAGCAGCAAAGUCCGGGAAACGACCAUACUAUCUGAAGAAAUCUGAACUUCGCGAAAGGAAGCUGAUGAACAAGUACAAUGAGCUUAAGGAGGCAGGAAAGCUUGAUGCCUUCAUCGAGAGGCGGCGUAGGAAGAAUGCUUCCAAAGAUCAUCGGUACAUGCCAUACCGACGGAAUGGAGAUGAUGCAUAAUAUAAUAUUUUCUUGAUCCUCGAGGCGAAAGGAUCUUCUUAAGAUGGUCUUUUCAUGGUGGCUGGACACUGCACAGUCUUCCUCUGUUACUUUGUUGCCCUAACCGUACAUUCGUCAGCUCUGUCCACAAUCUACGUUGGGCUUAGUAACAAGUUUUUGCUAAAUUUAAUUAUGGAUAUAUAUAUUUUUGUUUUGCACAACACUAUCA